AUGCUGAAUCCCUUGGCUACCGUGAACGAGUAUGUUUACCGAUACUCUCGUCUUUCUACACGCACAACCAUGCUGAUAUCCGCAUCUGCUACAGUAGCUGUUGGGUAUGCGGUCCUGGUGUAUACCGGUAUCGUCGGAUCUGAACCGGUACCAACAAAACGCAUUAUUGCUGGCGACUCGAAGCUGAACGAGUUUGUGGUUGAAACGCUGGAGCCCGUGCUGGACAGCUACACUCCCACAUGGUGGACCAAUUCACACAUCCAGUGUUUAUUGACAUUCAUCGUGCCUCAAUCCCCCGUCAAGUAUCAGAGACAAGUGCUCGUUCUCAAAGAUGGAGGUCAGGCCUGUCUCGACUGGGCAUUGGAGUCUUCAAUCAAGAUGAAGACUCCAUUGAAACCAAACUCGCCCAUUGCUGUCAUCCUGCAUGGACUCGUAGGUUGCAGUGAGAGCAUGCGAUCGAUAUGUGCCGAAGCUUUACUGCAUGGAUAUCGCCCCGUGGUGUUCAACAAAAGAGGUCACGGCGGGUUGAAACUUGCCACUCCAAAGUUGCAACAAUUCGGCUGUGUCCAGGACCUAAAAGAAGCUAUUGCUCACAUUGAGAGCAGCUUUCCAGAAAGCAAGCUGUACGGCAUUGGUUAUUCGGCAGGAUCUGGUUUACUCUGCAGCUACUUGGGUGAACGAGGUGACAAGUCGCGCCUUCGUGCUGGCGUGCUGGUCUCACCCGGUUACAAUGCUUUCGACCUGCUUUGCGGUGGCAAGAUCAAUCCGUUCUACAAUUUCCUCAUGACGUUUACGCUCAAGUCCUUUCUACUGCGGCACAAGAAGGAGCUAAGUGACGUUGUGGAUGUCGCGGGGGCUCUACGAGCUUCGAGCAUUCGGGAGUUUGAUCAACACGUGUACAUGAAGAUGCACGGGUACGAAGACUUGGAGUCGUACUGGAAGGCGAACAACCCGAUGCGCGACGUGGACAAUAUUCAGGUGCCAUUGCUCUGCAUUAAUGCGCUGGAUGAUCCUGUGUGCACAAAAGAAACGAUCCCCUUCGACUUCUUUCCCAACAAACCCGAGGCCAUGCUGUUGACCACAGCGGAGGGCAGUCAUUGCGCUUUCUUCGAAGGCACCUUCCAGCUCAAGGCGUGGUGUCAUACAGCUGCAAUGGCUUACCUCGACCGUGUGCGUGAGUUUGACUGCAUUGCAAAGAUCAGCGGGGAUGCUCUCACUGCUGCGCCUCCAGCUUGA